AUGGAAAAACUAAAGACAGUCCUCAUUGCGAAUCGCGGUGAAAUAAGUGCAAACGCAUCAUCCCAACACGUCCGCGACGCCGACGAAGCCGUCCUCCUCCCUGGGCCCCCCGCAACCGCCUACACCGACUCAGCCGCCAUCCUGAAAAUCGCAAAAGACAAAAACGCAGACGCUAUAAUCCCCGGCUACGGCUUCCUCUCUGAAAAUGCAGAUUUCGCCCGAGCUGUGGGCGACACUGGACUUGUAUGGGUGGGCCCUUCACCAGACGCAAUCGAAGCUUUUGGUGUCAAACACACCGCGCGCGGGCUCGCUGAAAAAGCAAAUGUGCCGAUCGUGCCCGGCACAAAGGGGCUUGUGGAAGAUGAAGAUGCUGCGGUGAGGGAAGCAGAGAGGAUUGGGUUUCCGGUUAUGCUCAAGGCGACGGGUGGGGGUGGUGGUAUGGGAUUGAUCACGUGUGAAAAAGUGGAGGAGGUACGAGAGGGAUUUCGCAUGGUACAAUCGCGAGGGGCGACGUUAUUUAAAAACCCGGGGGUUUUUCUCGAGGCGUUUUAUCCCGCGAGUCAUCAUGUUGAGGUGCAGGUGUUUGGAAAUGGGACGGGUCAAGCGGUGCAUUUUGGGGAAAGGGAGUGCUCGAUUCAGAGGAGACAUCAGAAGGUUAUUGAGGAGUGUCCCAGUCCUUUUGUUGAACGGCAUCCAGAGUUGAGGCAGAAACUGGGGGACGCGGCUGUGAGGCUGGCGGAGUCGAUUCAGUAUGGGUCCGCGGGUACCAUUGAGUAUCUUGUGGAUGAUAAGACGGGGGAUUUCUUCUUUUUGGAAAUGAAUACGAGAUUGCAGGUUGAGCAUGGGAUUACGGAACUUUGCUAUGGGAUUGAUCUUGUGGAGUUGAUGCUCAAGCAGGCGGAUGCGCAGUUGGCGGGGAGGAAGGGGUUGGAUGGGGGGUUGUUGAAGGGAAUGCAGCCGCAGGGGCCGAGGGGUGCGGCUAUUGAAGCGAGGGUUUAUGCGGAGAAUCCGUUGAGGGAUUAUGCGCCAUCGCCGGGGUUGCUGCAGAAGGUUGAGUGGAAGGAUGUGCCUGGGAGCAGGAUUGAUACGUGGGUGUUCACUGGUGUGAGAAUUACGCCGAAUUAUGACCCUUUGAUAGCAAAGGCAAUGGUUCAUACAGAAUCAAGAGAGAAGACAAUCGCAUCGAUGAAGGAGCUACUCACUCAAUCCUCCAUUAGCGGUCCACCUACCAACCUCGAAUUCCUCGCCAACAUCCUCGACGACCCGCGUUUCAAACAAGGCAACACCAUGACCAGUUUCCUCAAGGACUUUACGUACACGCCUCAUGCCAUCGACGUCAUAUCUCCCGGUGCAUAUACACUCGUCCAAGACCUCCCCGGCCGGCCUACAGUAGGUAAAGGCGUACCUCACUCCGGACCCAUGGACCCAAUCGCUUUCCAAAUAGCGAACAUGCUCGUCGGUAAUCCAAGAACAAAAGAAGGUCUUGAAAUCACGUUGAGUGGACCAGAAUUACGUUUCGUCGGACCUGCCAUUGUAGCCCUGUGCGGUGCCUCCAUGGAAGCUAGUCUUGACGAUCAGCCGUUUCCCAUGUGGACGAGCGUCAAGAUUGAGGCCGGCCAGAAACUCAAGAUUGGUAAGACGACUGGAGCGGGCUGUCGAGCGUAUCUAGCAGUCUACGGUGGGUUUCCAUCAGUGGCAGAGUACUUCGAUUCAAAGUCUACAUCGCCGCUGGUUGCUAUUGGAGGAUAUCAAGGUCGUCAACUUGCUCCAGGGGAUUUGCUGCAGAUCACGGAGACACUUCCAGAGAAGUUUACAAAGGCAGAGUUACCGGAGAGUCUGAGGCCGGUUUACAAGACGACGUGGGACAUUACAGCCAUGGUCGGCCCUCACGAUGAGGGAUACUUUGACCCAGAGUUCAUCGAGCAAAUCUAUCACACCGAAUGGAAGGUUUCGCACAAUGCGUCCAGGAGUGGCAUUCGUCUUGUGGGUCCGGUACCGAAGUGGGCGCGCAAGGAUGGUGGUGAGGGGGGUGCGCAUCCCAGUAACCUGAUCGAGUAUGGGUAUCCUCUGGGGACUUUGAACUGGACGGGAGACGAUCCUUGUAUCUUUCCUGUCGACUGUCCCAACUUCGGCGGGUUCACGAGUAGCACGACGGUUGUAAGAGCGGACUGGUGGAAGCUGGGACAGAUCAAGGCGGGGAAUACGGUCAAGUAUGUAAGAGUUGGACUAGAAGAUGCCUUGAAGAAAAGAGAGAAGACGGAGGAUUUUCUGGAUUCAGUUGGGCAGGCCAUCAAGUCCAGUACUGGCUUUGACAAGAUAGAAAAACUCCAAGGCGCCCACUGUAACUUCAACUCUGGCGAAAUCGGAAAAGCAGUCGUCUGGGAGAAACCCGCCACAUCCACUACACCCCUUGUCCGCUACCGCCAAGGCGGCGACGACCACCUCCUCAUAGAAUAUGGCAACGAAUCCUUCGACCUAAACCACCGCUGCCGCGUCACCGCGCUCGAAAAUGCCCUGCACUCCUCCUCCACCCCCGCCCUCAUACGACAAAACCUCUACAACACAGUCGGUUGCUGCACAUCCCUCCUCCUGUACUACAACGGCGCCCGCCUCCCGCGCUCCAGCCUUAUCGAGCACCUGAAAAUCAUUGAGGAUACACUCGGCGACCUAACCACCACAAAAGUACCAACCCGCAUCUUCAAACUACCCAUUUCCUUCGAAUCCAAACUCCAAGACGAAGCCACUCAACGGUACAUGACCAACCAACGCCCGCACGCCCCCUACCUCCCAGACAACCUCUCUUUUGUAGCGAAAAACAACGCCUUCACCCCUCAGCAACUCAAGGACAUCUACCUCACAGGCCAGUUCAUGGCCGUCGUCGUAGGUUUCUUCUGCGGAAACACUGUCUCACUCCCCGUCGACCCACGACAGCGCCUCUCCGCACCGAAGAUGAACCCCAGUCGUGUUUUCACGCCUGAAGGUACGGUGGGCUGGGCUGGGUCAUGCAUGUCUAUUUACCCCGUUGAUUCACCUGGUGGUUAUCAGAUGACGGGGCGUACGGUGCCUUGUUGGGAUUAUUACGCGUGUAAACCCGGUUUCAGCGGACACGGUAAACCGUGGAUUUUCCGUGACUUUGAUAUUUUGACCUUUUACCAGGUUAGUGAGGAUAAGCUGGAUGAACUGCUGGGUUUGUUUCGCGCGGGAAAAUACGAGUGGGAGUAUGAAGAUGUGGAGUUCGAUAUGAAGACGCAUAAUGAGAUGCUAAGGAAUACGAAGGAGGAGGUACGGCAGAUUAGGGAGAAGCAGGCGAAAGCGCAGGAGGAGAUGAACAGAGCAGAGGAAGAGAGCUUGGAGCGGUGGAGGAGGGAGAAGGCGGAGAGUGGGGUUGACAUGGGGACUGUGGAGAAGCUGUUGGAGCAGGAGGGCGUGGUGGGUGUUGAGGCGCCGGUUGAUGCGAAUGUUUGGAAAGUCGAGGUUGCUGAGGGGGAUGCAGUGGGGGAGGGCAGUGUGAUUGUCAUCCUCGAGGCGAUGAAAUUGGAGAUUGCGGUUAAGACGCCCGAGGCUGUAGCUAACGCGGGGAAACUCAAGGUGGAGAAGGUGUUGGUGAAACCUGGGGAUACGGUUACGGCGGGAGCGCAUCUGGCGUUGCUGAGGAAGGGGUAG